AUGUGCAACUGGCUAAAGAUGCUUGAGGUCCCAACAGUAGAAAAUUGUGAAGUGUGCAUUACCUUCCGCAGGCUGCUAAUAAGGCCCUGCCAGGUGGAGUUUGAGAGAGGUGAAAAAGGUGGUGAAAGAAUUGAAGAACUGCAGAAGGAACUGGAUGCUGCUAUGUCACCUAAUGAAAAGACUCGACUGAAGGAGGAAUUGAGUGAUGCCUGUAAUAGAGCACGCAGGCGAUCCCUAGGGAACAUCAAAUUUAUUGGAGAGCUAUUUAAAUUAAACUUGCUGUCAGAAGACACCAUGAACGACUGUCUCAUUAAGCUACUGAAGAGGAACAACGAGGAGGCCUAUUGUUAA